GCCACACACCGCGCAUGCUCUGAGCGCGGCGCCCCCGACGCGGCGCUCGGCUCAGCUCGGGCAUUUCCGCCUCUUUGUUUUAAACUCCGGACGGGCUUUUUUCUCCUCCUCUUGGGGGGGACCCAGAGGGAGCGGCGCCCCCUCCCCCCUCCGGCGAGGACCCCGCGUGCGCCCCGCUCGGCCGCAGCCCCGAGACCGCAGGCUUCACGAUGUAGCAGGGACCUGAGUAUCGUGUUCAGAAAAUGGAAAAGGAGCCAGGGCCGGAAGGAAGGUGCAGAGGUGAGCCCGCGAGCCAAGCUGGGAGGCAGCAUCGCGUAGGAGUGCUGGCCUGAAGCCUCCAUGCCCCGGCAGAGGGGCGGACACGCGGACGUCUAGCGGAGAAGCCAAAGAUGUUGACCAGGAAGAUCAAGCUGUGGGACAUCAACGCCCACAUCACCUGCCGCCUGUGCAGCGGGUACCUCAUCGACGCCACCACGGUGACUGAGUGUCUGCACACCUUCUGCAGGAGCUGCCUGGUGAAGUACCUGGAGGAGAACAACACCUGCCCCACCUGCAGGAUCGUGAUCCACCAGAGCCACCCGCUGCAGUACAUCGGUCAUGACAGAACCAUGCAAGACAUUGUUUACAAAUUGGUACCAGGCCUCCAAGAAGCGGAAAUGAGAAAGCAGAGGGAGUUCUAUCACAAGCUGGGCAUGGAGGUGCCCGGAGACAUCAAGGGGGAGACCUGCUCUGCAAAACAGCACUUAGAUUCCCAUCGGAACGGUGAAACCAAAGCAGACGACAGUUCAAACAAAGAGGCCGCAGAAGAGAAGCCGGAGGAGGACAAUGACUACCACCGCAGCGACGAGCAGGUGAGCAUCUGCCUGGAGUGCAACAGCAGCAAGCUGCGGGGCCUGAAGCGCAAGUGGAUCCGCUGCUCCGCCCAGGCCACCGUCCUGCACCUCAAGAAGUUCAUCGCCAAAAAGCUGAACCUGUCGUCCUUCAACGAGCUGGACAUUUUAUGCAACGAGGAGAUCCUGGGCAAGGACCACACGCUCAAGUUCGUGGUUGUCACGAGGUGGAGAUUCAAGAAGGCGCCGCUCCUGCUGCACUACAGACCCAAGAUGGACUUGCUGUGAGUGGCUCCACGCGGCGCCCACAGACUGGGCCCAGUACCCCUGGGUGCUCCUGCUCGCCGCGCUGAAGAACAUUGCCUCUGGAUGUCGUAUGGACCAGACUUCUGAAUAGAGAAUAUUUAUAACUUUUGUAUGAGAGAGAAUUCACACUCACCAAGACACUACCAGCACCACGUUUACAGAGGGUGAAAACACUUCACAGGCUCCCCCGUGCUUCAGCCUCGCAGGCCACAGUCACGCCUGCAGGCAGCCCGGUUCCGAGUCACUUCCGACACAGGCUCCUCUGCUUGCUUUCCAGGUCUUGAAAAUCUGAAUUAACUUCGGUUUAGUUUAUGAGUUAGGGUUCAACAUAACCCUCAAAAAUAGUCGGACUUUUAUUGAACCCUUCCUAAGUCAUUGAAAAAAUGUCUUUUCAUGGUGAAUGAUAUUUAUGUUGCCUUUAGCUUCUUGAAGAUUUAGAAGUUAUAUAAAAAUUUAAUUUAAAAGCAAACCAAAAGAGGUUUCCAUUAACAUUAUGACUUAACCAUUGUAUUUAAUUUUCCACUUUAUGAAACACAACAACAGCAGCUCCCUGACUGGUUCCCUUUUGACCGUGCAGCGGUCGGCACUUGGACUCACUCGCGACAGACACUUACCUGGGGCCGACACACCCAGGCCUGGAAACGGGACCCCAAACUCCGAGUUGCGACUUGACACGCUCAGCAGGUAGACCAGAGGCCGUGUGACCAGCGCAGUGCUGGUUUGCAGAACAGUUCUUCUUUUCAACAUUACUCGUAUUAACAAUGGCACAAAUUGUUGAGUGCCGCCAUUUGAUUUCCUAUGUUUUCUUUCCCCGCUUUGAUUUUGCUAAAGGGAGAGGCAGGGGUGGUUGGGAUCAGAGCUCUCUGGGAAGGCCCCACGGAUGCAGCACCUGGCAGCCCUGGGGAGGGUUCACUGGUGGUGGCUUCAGGCUCAUGCCCAGAUGCACUCACUGCCCCCUUUGUCCAAGGCCUCCCCUUCCCCUCUACUGGUGGGAGGAGCUUGUGUGCUCUGUGGCCUGUUACUAGAAGGGCGUUUUUCCGAGCGGAGGGUUGUGAGGGAUGGUAAGCAGCUGAAGGGUUUAGAGGGAAGGCGGCCCCCACGCUGCAGAACCUGCAUUUCAGCCGCAGUCCGUUUGCACCAUUAGCCCCUCUCCUACCAGAUGGUCAUGCUUUUGUCACAUUAGAGAAUAAACUGCCAGCGUGCACAUGUUUUUUUCCUUUGAAACGGUAAUUUGGAAGUGUGGAAAGGCCAGGAGGAGGAGAAGGUCUGUUUUCUGGAGCGGCUGGGGUGUUGUCCGGGCGAUUCCUGUUUAUUUCUUGUGGAACUGAAUCCCUCCUCCCUCUGCUCCCCGAGGGCCUAGGUGCUCCCUGGUCACCAUUCAGGCUUUCCAAGCAGCCAUCCACCUUGGAGAUUUUUUCCUUGAAUUUUGCUGUUUUCUUCCACUUCCUUUAGAUAAAAAGCAGCUCAAGAGACCUCAUCGUAGGGAUGAGGAAACACCCAUAUUCCAUCUGAGCGAUUGUCAGUGUAAGGCCUUUUAAAACAUAAAAGCAAGUUCUUUGUUAGGAAUUGGUCAAAAUUCACCUCUGUCUUUAAGCCCAUCACCUCCCAGGACGGUUUCAGUUACUGUUACCUAAGCUUGCUAUUCGUCCAAAUCAUUUUCUAGAGUCACUGUAUAAGGGUCUAUGAGUGGCUGUGUAUGAAUGAAUAUUACCUGUCUACCUCAGAAUAUACAUACUGCUGAAGCAUUCUGUGCAACCGUGUGUGAUCACAGUGCAGCUGUCAAGUGUCACAGUCGAACUUCGGCAUUUUCCUGUGUGGCAAAACAAGGAAGGAUUAAACAGUUACAAGCCUCCAAAUUCAAAUAAAAUCAAAUCACAGUUCAGACUAAACUGAGUAUUGUUGUAAUACUCUCACAAUAUAUAUUUGUAACUUUGUAGCUAUCUUUGAAAUCACUUGACUUUGCUAUGGUGCUAAGCUGAUACAUUUAAAUACACAGAGACGGGUGAGCGGAGCCCGUGUUGCUGUCUCCAGCCCGUGGUGACCCUGCUUUUGUAACCGCGUUAACCUGACGAAACCUCAGCAGCAGAGGCCCCUAUUUUUCUAGGAGUUCAUAGUGCAGACGGUCUUCACUACAGGACUUGGCGCUGGGGCCUCUGCCUCUUGUCUGACCUUGCAGCCUUGGUUGUGGGAGGCGGGAGCACGAUGGCCCCGCCGUCUGUGGAGCCUCUAGGCAGCCUUCUUUCCUGUCAAGCUCUCAUUUCACAGAAAAAGGCUGAAUUCCAUUUUUCCAGCAUGACAGCCAGGAUUGGUUAAUGGUUGGAUUCUGUUGUGUUUUUUUUUUUUUUUUUUUAACAGAUGGAGUUACUGUGAAGAGUUUUCACAACUAUUUACGCUGGUAAAACAAAUGCUGUUAAAUCACCUUAUGCGUCGUUUUCAACAGCAGUGGGGCUAAUUACCCAGAAUACGGUCUCACCGAUGCAGUUUUCAUGGAAAUAGAAAAUUCAAAUAGAAUAUAUAAUAUUGAAUUUAAGAUUUGGGGGGUUAAAAAAAGAAAACUUAACUUUAUAAAAUUAUUUAUUCUAUUUUAAGCCUUCUAUCAUAUUUUCCCAUCCAGUUGUUUGGUUUCUGUGGUCCAGCUUUAUUUACAGGCAUAUAAAAUGAAAUUGUGAGAUGUUUUGCAAGCUUCUUUUUACUUUGAGUAGCUUUUAAUUUGUAUGUUUUUGUUUUAUGUGGAUGAAGAGCAUUUUUUUAAUGCUUUUGUGCAAUAGGUUCCAACACACAUUUAUUAGACAUCUGUUUAAAUUGUAAUGUAGCAUUUAUUCUGCUAAACUGAAAGGGAAUAUAGGUGGAACUCCAAAAUGUGUACAUUCAGCUGUUUUGUUUUUCCUUUUUCAUGGGUUAUUGUGAGGAUGCUGUUAUUGGGGUUGUGUGUGAGUGCCUGUGAGCCAGUGAUGCCUCGGGCCGCGCUGUGGGGCCACCUCGGUCCUUCCUGGGUCCUGGUGCCUUGGCCCCCAACAUGCUUGUGGCCAGGCCGCCCUGGUGCGGGGCCACGUGGCCUCAGACUGUGAGAGCGGAGCUGCCCUGGCCCAAGCGCUGCAGCGGCCUGAACCCCUGGGCUUUGCAGCCUUGCUUGUUUUCUCUGAACGGCAGCAGGACGGCAUUCACAGCGAUUCAAAGGGUGGCAUUGGGUUGGACAUUCUGGGUACGAGCCAGCCUGUUCCCACAUUGUACGUGAAUGUUUCAUAUGCUCUCAAAACAUAGAAAAUAAGUUUAGUGCACAUAGCUAAAUCACUAAACAUCCAGUUUCUCUGUUUCCUCAGGAAGUCAUUACUGCACCACCACAUCACGUGACCUUAACAUGAGCAAUGUAUUUCUCUGCCUUGACGUUUAAAUAAACUAAAUAAAUUGAGAUAAGUGGAUUAGAAAAUCAUUCAAAUUAUACCAUAAUCUGUACAAAUAUUAUGUCCCCUGCCAGGCAGGGGACAGUGCAGGCAGUGGCCACAUGGCCAGGGCCCCGCAGGAAAGCGCUGAGGCCUCCCUCAGCCACCAGGUGUCCUUCGCACUCAACGGUGCAUCUGAGGAACGAACUGCAGCUUGAGUGUCCCCUAAGAUGUGCCUGCCCUCCGUGUGAACGUCCACUCCUGUGGUUUAAUUGGCUGUCAGACGCAUUUUCCCAGACGAAAGCAAGGUGGGGUUAGGAGACGGCAGUGCAGCCACCCAGCCUUUACCAGCAGCGUGCGGCAGACAAAGGCAGUGAGGUGUGGAGGUGAUCACGCAGAUUGAUGUUUUUGACUGUUUAAUUUGAAAGUUUACAUUUUUUAUGCUUUGUGUUGGUGUGUAAUUUUUGUACACUUGGUGGCUAGUUUUUGUCUAAAAUCUUUUUUGGAAUAUUGCUUAAAUGUUUUUAUUUUAUGAUAGUGAAGCUUGUAUUCAGUGUUUUGCCAAUUAAUAUUAUAUGCUUGUAAUAAAAGCAAAAGAAAAACUUAA